AUGGUAUCUGAUGAAAAGAAAGGAGGAAUUGGAUCGAGCGAAGACAAAGAGCUGCCGGUACAUUUAGAUGAUUCGGCAAUGCUGCUUGAGGCGAUCGCCUUGUGUAAGGCGAUUGCAAAACAACAAGAAGAAAAUGGGAAGGCAAUAGAAAAUCUGCAGCAAACCAACAAAAAUCUGCAGCAAACCAACAAAACACUGAAGCAAGAGUUCAAGGAACGUCGUCAAGAGUUCAAGGAACGUCGUCGAGAGCUUCGCCAGCUUGGCCAACGUUCAGAGGAGACCCAUCAGAUUGGGCAGCAACUGCAGCAUCAGGUUCAGCAGAAUUGGCAGCGCAUCAAAGAGCUUUCAGAGGAGAUGAAAGAUCUGAAGCAAAGCACCAAACACACUGCAGCAAGCGUCAGAUGA